UCUAUUUUUCAAAAAGAGAAGCUCUGUUUGAGGAGCCAUCCGAUCUGCAGAUUUCUUCCCUAGUCCCCAUAUCAGGGUCGUGGCUGGAACUUUCCACCAAUUCUUCCCUUUAUUUCCUCUCUCUCUCUCUCUCUCUCAUUCUCUUUCUCUCUCUUUCUCAUUCUCUCUCUCUGGCUUGCCUGCCGGUGCCUGUCACAGCAAAGUCAGACCUACAGAGUAUGGUUGUUAAACUCUGUGAAAUCUGUCACAAGGGUGUCAGGUAUUUCUAAAUGGCUUCCAAGAAAAACUUCAGAUAAGGAAAUCUCCUGGAGCGUUUGCAAAGCUGCAUUUGGAGGCUCCCAGAAGGUGAAGUAGAAGGUGGAGGCAAAACAGCAAAAUAAAAGAUGUCCCCAGAGCCAACGCCUGACCAGUUGGGAGUGAGAUAUAGUCACUUCGCCUGGGGUGCGCUUGAGCACACUCAACUUCUUUUCUAUUGAAGAUCGAAGCCUUAGCAAGAUUAUGCUGCUUUCACUUAGCCUUCUGUUGCCUGUAGUGGUUCCAUGUAGUUUUGUAACUGUCUCAGCCCAACAGCAUUGGAACUGUCCUGCCGAGGGGAAGGGGACUUCCACUUGUAUGGGUUCUGCGCCUUUCUUGAUUUUCUCCCAUGGAAAUGGCAUCUUUAGGAUUGAUCCGGAAGGAACGAAUCACAAGCAGUUGGUGGUGGAUGCUGGCACCUCCGUGAUCAUGGAUUUUCACUACCAGAAGGAAAGAAUCUAUUGGGUGGAUUUAGAAAGACAACUCUUGCAAAGAGUUUUUAUGAAUGGGUCGAGGCAGGAGGUAGUGUGCCAUAUCGAGAAAAAUGUUUCAGGAAUGGCAAUCAAUUGGAUAAAUGAGGAAUUGAUCUGGUUCAGUCAACAGGAAGGAAUCAUCAGAGUAACAGAUAUGGAAGGAAACAAUUCUCGAGUACUUGUAAACACCUCACAUUAUCCUGCAGACAUAGCAGUUGAUCCAGUAAAAAGGUUUAUAUUUUGGUCUUCAGAGGUAGCUGGUAGCCUUCACAGAGCAGAUUUGGGCUGUGUGGAAGUGAAGACCCUGUUACAGACACCAGGGAAAAUAACAGCCUUGUCGUUAGAUGUGCUGGAGAAACGGAUCUUUUGGAUUCAGAGAAAGAGAGAAGGCAGUAGUUCUCAUAUUUGGUCCUGUGAUUAUGACGGAGGCUCAAUCCAUCUUCUUACACAGCAAACAAGGCACCAUUUGUUGGCUAUGUCCCUUUUUGGUGACCGUAUCUUCUACUCAACACUGAAAAGGGAGACAAUCUGGAUAGCCAACAAACACACUGGGAAGGAUAUGGUUAGAAUGAACUUCAACGCAUCCAUUGAAGCACCCACUGAACUUCAAGUAGUGCAUCCCUUUGUACAGCCCAGCAUGGACGGUGGUGCUCGGGACUCUGGGCAGAAACUCUGCAAGCUGAAGAAAGGAAACUGCAGUCGGGGCCUGUGUGGACGAGACCCCAAGUCCCAGUUGUGCGCAUGUGCGGAGGGCUAUACUUUAAGCCCAGAUGGAAAGCACUGUGAAGAUGUCAACGAAUGUGCCCUUUGGAGUCAUGGCUGUACUCUUGGAUGUGAAAACAUCCCUGGAUCCUAUUAUUGCACGUGCCCUGCUGGCUUUGUCCUUCUUCCGGAUGGGAAACGGUGUCACCAAUUUGUUUCCUGUCCAAGCAACGCAAGUGAAUGUAGCCAUGGCUGUGUUCUGACGCCAGACGGCCCCCGGUGCUUCUGUCCUGAAGGCUCAACACUUCAGACAGAUGGAAAAUCAUGCAGUGGCUGUUCAUCACCUGACAAUGGUGGAUGCAGCCAACUCUGCAUCCCUCUCAGCCCAAGAUCCUGGGAAUGUGGAUGCUUUCCUGGGUAUAAUCUACAGCUGGACCAAAGAAGCUGCACAGCUUCAGGACCACCACCAGUUUUGCUGUUUGCCAAUUCUCAAGAUAUUCGACGCAUGCACUUUGACGGAACAGAUUAUGGAACCCUGCUCAGCCAGCAAGUGGGGACAGUUUUCGCCCUCGAUUAUGACCCAGUGGAGAACAAGCUCUAUUUUGCCCACACAGCCCUGAAAUGGAUAGAGAGAGCUCGCAUGGAUGGUUCUCAGCGAGAGAGGCUCAUCCAGGAAGGAAUAGACAUGCCUGAAGGUCUUGCUGUGGACUGGAUUGGCCGUCGAAUCUACUGGACGGACAGAGGGAAAUCUGUCAUUGAAGGGAGUGAUCUAAGUGGUAAACAUCGUCAACCAAUCAUUAAGGAGAACAUCUCUCAGCCACGAGGAAUCGCUGUUCACCCAGUGGCCAAGAGAUUAUUCUGGACCGAUACAGGGAUUAAUCCGAAAAUUGAAAGCUCUUCCCUGAAAGGCUCCGGCCGGCUGGUGAUAGCCAGCUCUGACCUGUUGGAGCCCAGUGGACUUACCAUUGACUAUUUGACAGACCUGUUGUAUUGGUGUGAUGCCAAGCGGGCUGUCAUUGAAAUGUCCAAUCUGGAUGGUUCCAAACGCCAAAGACUUGCCCAGAAUGAUGUAGGUCGCCCCUUUGCUCUAGCUGUGUUUGAGGAUCACCUGUGGAUCUCGGAAUGGGCUAUGCCAUCGGUAAUAAGGGUGAACAAGAGGACUGGCGCAAACAGGGUAUGUCUCCGAGGCAGCAUGCUGAAGCCCUCGUCUCUGGUUGUGGUCCACCCAUUGGCAAAACCAGGUGCUGACCCCUGCUUACAUCAGAAUGGAGGCUGUCAACAGAUUUGCCAAGAGAGCUUUGGGACUGCUCAGUGUUCCUGUCAUGAAGGUUUUACAAAAGCUCCCGAUGGGAGAAUGUGUCUUGAUCCAAAGAGUCAUCGGCCAGCAGCUGGUGGUGAAGGAAAUGGCGGCAACCAUGUGGCACUGCUGGACCAUGUACCCCAGCCUGGAGCGUCCAGAGAAAACGCCACAGAACCACAGGCCAUGUUAAUGGAAAUCAUGGUGUCAGAUGGAGAUGACUGUGGCCCUGGCGGAUGCAGCAGGCAUGCCACGUGUGCAUCUGAAGGAGAGAAUGCCACCUGUCGGUGUUUGCAAGGCUUUGCCGGUGAUGGAAAAGGAUGUUUUGAUAUUGAUGAAUGCAUGCUGGGUACCGCAGCCUGCCCACCCACCUCUUCCACAUGCAUUAACACCGAAGGCAGCUACGUGUGCCGGUGCUCAGAAGGCUUCCGAGGAGAUGGGAUUCACUGUCUGGAUGUGGACGAGUGCCAGCUGGGGGUUCAUGGCUGUGGAGAGAAUGCCGACUGCAUGAACACGGAGGGAGGCUACACCUGCCAGUGUGCAGGCCUCAUAUCUCAACCUGGGCUGCCUUGUCCCGAUUCAACUUCACCCUCUCCCCUUGAGGAAGAUGGCCGCCAUCUGGUCAGGAAUAGCUACCCUGGAUGUCCCCCCUCCCAUGAUGGGUACUGUCUCCACGGCGGUGUGUGUAUGUAUGUCGAGGCAGUAGACAGCUACGCAUGCAACUGCGUGGUGGGCUACAUCGGGGAGCGAUGUCAGCACCGAGACUUGCGAUGGGAGCUGCGGAAUGCCAGCCAUGGGCAGCAGCGGGACGUCACCGUGGUGGCGAUCUGCGUGGUGGUGCUGGUCCUGCUGCUUGUGGUCGGACUCUGGGAGGCACGCCAGUACAGGAUUCGGAAGCAGCUAUUGAAAAACCCAAAGAAUCCUUAUGAAGACCCAAGCAGCAAUGGUGUGAGCGGCGGUGGCGGUGUGAGCAGCAGCCGACCUGCCAGCAGCGAGGUGGAGAUACCUUCUUGUCCCCAGCCAUGGUUUGUGGUCAUAGAGGAACACCAAGACUUUGGGAACAGGAUUCAGUCCACCGUUGCUGAGAAAGGCCAGACAGCAGAGGUGGGGCCCAGUGAACAGUUCUCUUUACCUGGAUCCUGAGUGCUCUCUCAUCGAAGGUCUCAUCCGACCGCCUAACCAUAAUGAUGGUUGUAUAAGCUAUGUGCGCAGCUGGGCUGUGUUGAAAUGCCAGAGGGUUUUAGAGAAACAAAUUUGCAUUGUAGUUCUAUCCUCUGUGGGGUCACUGCAUUCACACAAAACUCUAG